GCCAAAGAAGACAGACCCUGGGAUCUGUAAUGUCAUCAUAAAAUUCUGGUGUUGGAAGAUGGAUUUUUAUGACUUGUUGGAUUUUGAAUAGAGUGAGGAGAUGCAUCUGAUAAGCAGCCAUCUUAGAAAGACCUUCAAAAUGAGAAAGCUUAUUUGAGUAAAACAGUAACAGAUACGUCACUUUGAGAUCCCAGAAUGAAAGCAGCAUGAAAUGUUAUGGCGAAGACAACACAGCAAGAAGCAGCGGUCUCACGAAUACUCGCAAAUCAGGUGCCUGGCGCACUGAACCUAUUGAACUGUGCAAGAUUUGCGCCCUGGUCCUCUUUUGAAGAUGUGAAGCAACGUCGAGUCUGAAAUUGGAAUUACUGAUAGACUGGAGGGAAUCUUAGUCCUUGUGAUACACGUGGACAUGCUGAAUUAUAAGUAAUUCUAGCUUCUUUUCCCCUCCCCUCCCCUUCCCUCAUUCAGCUAUCUCAGGGUUCAUAGAGAUUUCAAUGGUUUGUGUGCCUGUAAGUUUGGAACAGAAGUGACCAAAAAUGGGGGACCAGCAAUUGUAUAAAACCAACCAUACUGCCAACAACAAUGAGAACUUGUAUUACCAACAACACCACAUGAACUCCCUUCCAUCUCUAAAUCAUAGUUACGGGACAUCUGUUAUGGAUGCUCCUCAGGCGUCCCCGCUCUCCCCUCAGUUUCCCCAAGAUUCAAGAGACAGCAUAGCUUUGCCUGUAGGUUCAAAAAGUCUUGGGUCAAUGGAUACAUCUAGACAAACAAGUUGGACGCAUUCUGUCUCAGGAAACCAUGUCUCAGUAAGAAACAAUUUGAAUAGUCAAAAUGCAAUGUGGAGCCCCCUUGGGCAGGGGGAAUCUCAUGACGGAUACCAAUAUUCUUAUUCUCAAUCUGGUGAAAGUCGAUCACAAAAAAUUACCAGUGGGGUCCUACAUAAAUUGGACUCCUUUACACAAGUAUUUGCUAACCAAAAUCUGAGAAUUCAAGUCAACAACAUGGCUCAGGUUUUGCACACUGAGUCUUCAAUGGUGGAUAAUUCUGGUGAUAGUGCGCUUCGGCAGCUGCUGUCUCAGAAGCCAGCAGUUGAGCAACAGCCUGUAACUUCCAGCGUACAGAGAUAUCAACCAGUGCCACAGCAAACACACCAGAAUUUUGCAAGCACACAGCAAAAGCAACAAAUGCAAGUCAUGCAACACCAACAGUUGUACUAUGACUACCAGCAGCAUUUAUCGCAAAUGCAGAUACAUUCUGCGUUUCAGCAAGGACAGCCGCAUGUUCAACAAAUGCAGUCCCAGCAGCUCUUACCGCAACAGAUGCAGCACUUGCAGCAGACUCAAUACUAUGCUCAGUCGCAGCAAGGACAUCAGCGGCUCUCAUUACAAGAGAUCCAGCAGCAGCAGCAACAGCCAACUCGGCAGCAGCACCAGAGGCAGUGUCCAAUGCAAAUAGCUCAGUAUUAUCAAACGCAACCUGUCAUGCAGCAGUUACAGCAGCAGCAACAACAGAUGCAAUUGCAGCUUCCUCCGUACCACAGGGAACCUGACCCAAAGACUAUGCAUGAACCACACCAGUACCCUCAGGAUCCAAGUCAUCCUGUGCAGCUCAUCCAGUUGGGAGCAGUGCCUCAGUAUUGCUACCAAGAUCCCCAUGAACAGUAUAGGCAUUUGUACCCACAGAGUAUGCUGCAGCAGCAAGAGGAUCAGCAAAAGCAAUAUCCGAAUGAGAGCCGAGGUCAGUCUCUGAACUCUCAUGUUGGCCUCACUCCACCAGAGACAGCGGAGGAUCCCGCACAGCAGGAGGUUAAUUCUGUAGGUAACGCUGUUCCUCAUCGAACUCUUCUGCCACUGUCAGGAGUUCAUCUGAACAACAAAAGCUCUCAGCAAGACUCUCCCAGCACCAUGUGGCCUCAGCAGAUGCACCUGUCAGAUGGCAGACUGCAGCCGCUGUCCCCAGAACAAAGUGGCCAGAGCAGAGAAACAUUUCCUGAGAGAGCUGAUGCGAAGAACAAGCUAACAUGUUCAAUAUGCUUGAAGGAGUUUAAGAGUUUGCCUGCUCUAAAUGGUCACAUGAGGUCACAUGGAGGAGUAAGAGCAUCUCCUAACUUCAAACAGGAUGAAGGAGAGAAACCACCACAGCAGCCGCUGCCUAAAGAGGUGGAUAGCCUCGCACCCAUCGUCAUGCCAGUGUCUGUCCCUGUAAAGCUUCUGUCACCCGAGCCCAGCACGCAGCCCUCUGCCACCACUGCCACAGUCAAAGACAAGCCUGCCAACCCUGUGUCAGAUGAUGAGAUGCCCGUUCUCGUGAAGAUGACUUGCUCUCCACCGUGCAGCCCAAAAGCGGCCAAGCCCUGCUCAUCCUCUGAAAUUAGCAAAAAACCUCAUCAAAGUGCUGCAAAAUUAGAGGAAAACUUCAAACCAUUGCAGGACAAGAAGAAGUAUCGGCAUAGACCCGAACCUCUCUUCAUACCUCCUCCUUCCUUCAACUUCAGUAUGUCCCACUCCGGUGCCACACUGUACCAGAGCCAGCUCCGUUCCCCGCGCGUCCUUGGAGAUCAUCUGCUAGACCGCACGCACGAGCUCCCCCCUUACACUCCACCACCCAUGCUUAGUCCAGUUCGCCAAGGCUCUGGUCUCUUCAGCAGUGUUAUCACAUCAUCUCAUAGCACCUCUCAUACUCAGCUGCCACUUACUCCGCUGACACCUACUCCACGGGUACUCCUGUGUCGGUCUAAUAGUAUUGAUGGAAGUGUCAUUCCAGUGACGCCUGGCCCCGGAGAACAGACUGUGGAACCACGAAUCAAUAUCGGCUCUAGGUUCCAGGCUGAUAUUCCUGAGCUGCAGGACAGAUUGCUAAUGGAGAAAGAUAUGCACAAGGCUACUUUGGUUUGGAAACCGUGGCCAGAACUGGAGAAUAAAGUCUUCCAGCAGAGAGUGGAAGACCUCUUAAAUAUGAGCUGUUCCAGUGUAUUACCUGGUGGAGGAACUAACUCGGAAUACGCUUUGCACUCUCUCUUUGAGGCAAAAGGAGAUGUUAUGGUUGCUCUUGAGAAGCUGCUGUUGCGGAAGCCAGUGAGAUUGAAGUGUCAUCCUUUGGCAAAUUACCACUACGCUGGCUCUGACAAAUGGACGCAUCAAGAGAGAAGGCUGUUCAAAGAGGCAUUGUCCACCUACAGCAAGGAUUUUAUAUUUGUACAAAAAAUGGUUAAGUCUAAGACGGUUGCACAAUGUGUGGAAUACUACUAUACUUGGAAGAAAAUCUUGCGUUUGGGACGGAAACACAGAACGCGUUUAGAGAAAAAGAGAGAGGAAUGCCUGACAAGUGGAGAAGAGGAAGUUCUAGAGGAAGAUGAGGAGAUCGAAGAAGACAGAAAGGAAGAAAGAGAAAUGCAGAAAUCUCCUGACCCGCCUGCCAUCCCUCUUGUUGGACCUAUAGAUCUGCCUGCCCUUCAGAGUCUCACACUUUCUUCGUCCUCCUUUAUCUGUGAAAUGCCAAACUGUGGCGCUGUGUUCAGUUCCCGGCAAGCGCUGAAUGGCCACGCUCGCAUUCAUGGAGGUACGAAUCAGGUGACAAAAACACGAUGUACCAUUCCAGGCACUAAGCAGAAAUCUGGUACACAGAGCGGAUACUGCUCCAUCAAGAGUUCACCUGCCCACAGCACAACAAGCGGUGAGACCGACCCAACAACAAUUUUUCCUUGUAAGGAGUGUGGCAAGGUGUUUUUCAAAAUCAAAAGCCGCAAUGCUCAUAUGAAGACUCACAGACAACAAGAAGAACAGCAAAGGCAGAAGGCUCAGAAAGCUGCUGUGGCAGCAGAAAUGGCAGCCACUAUUGCGAGAACUACUGGGCCAGCUGGGCAUAGUGUGAUCCCUCUGGAUCAUAUGAGUUUGGUUAAACGUGUUGAAAACGUAGGUGAUGUUGAAGAUGAUGUUGUUCAGGAGUUAGGUGAUGUCAUGGAAGAGAAUGAAGUCAUGGAUGCUGACCUUCUAUUAGAGGAUGAAGAUGCAGAUCUACUGCAGGAUGAUGCUGAGCUGUAAAUAAGAGUUGUUUGAUAGACAGCUCCUGAACACAACGUGAAUGCAUCAGUCAGGAAACUUGGACUGCUUGUUUAUUCCCCACUGAUUGUAAACUACCUGUUGAAAAAUGAUAAUUCUUUUAUCCAGGUCUAGAAAAGAAAUCCACUUUUUUUUUCCUUUUUUAUUAAUUUGUGUUUUGGGGAAAAUAAAUAAUUGGUACAAAUAUUCUUAUAAGGUGUUUUUAUCUGGGCUCAUUUUGCUGAGAUCUUGCAAGGCCACUAAUUAGAGAAGUUCAUGGUUCUGAUGUCAUUUCCCUCCAGCCUUGCACGGUAGGAUCUUUAACUCUUCCACGUUUCAUUUUACCCCACUUACAAGAAUGAUCUUCACAUACUUCUGAUGGAAUUUUUUUUGGUUUGGGUUUUUUUUUUUUUUUGGCUUGCACUGGAUCACUUCCAGCAUCUUAUAGAGACUAAAUGUCAUCUCUCUUAAGGAGGUGAUUACGUUCUUUUUCCUUGUGCUGUCAUUUUAAGGGAGGUGGAGAAAAAAAUCUGAUUUAACCGCCAAGUAAUUACAGGAGUGAUUGUAUCAUCCAUAAUAUCACAGUACUUUUUCAGUUCUGUCUUGCCUUAAUGCGUAUGCGUUAGGCAGUUUUUAAAGGCAUUGGUUACACCGUACACUUCCGAGCUUCCAUUUUUAGCAGGGUUUUGAUCCACUGAUUCUAAAAUGACCUAAUUCAAGGAUUGAAGAAAGAAGAUGAUUGUGCCGUGGCUCCCAUCAUCUGAUGGGAACACUGAAUCAGGAACACUGCCUUGUUAAUCUGAUUGCACUGGAAAUAUAUUUUGCUGUGACAAUAAAUCAUACUGUUGAAUCGCCAUCUCAGUGGUUUUAGGAGGAUGUAUUCUCCAGCAAUGCAGGAGCUUGUUUUCUCACCAGACAAAUACAGGGAGAUGUUCCUGCCUGUGGGACAGAGAUUGGUGGAAUAUACGCCUUCAGCAGCACAUGUUGCUAUUACUCCUGGGCAUGCAAUGUUAUUGUGCCAUUUUCAGUCCUCCUUUUCUCAUUAUGUUAAAUUCAAAUUUUGUUUAUUUAGUAAAAUGUACACCAAAGGUGAGAUGAUGUUACUGUUUAAUUACCGUUUCUUCCCCCUUAGGCUCAGAUCUCCAUGCUGGAUGUCUAAUUCCGUUUCUGCAAGUUUAGAUCUGGUUCUCUGUGUAAAUUGAGUUUCAAAAGAAUCAAGACUUGGCAGUCUUAAACCACAGGAAGAAUUGGAGUUAGGUUGCAUGGACCUUUAAUUACAAAAUAAGAGAGUACUGAUUUUAGAGCUUUCACAGGUAAUGGCACCGAUUUUCUUGUGAAUCUUGCACAGUAGAAGAGUAUUGCUAAUUUUAUAAAAUGUUUUGUAAGACUGAUUUCAGAUCUUCCAAUUUUCAACUUUUUUUAAACAGGUUGAUUUUUUUUUUCCUGCCUUCCUAACAUCUUAAGCAGAAUCAGAGAUGGUGGAUCUUAUUUUCUGCUGCCUGUCUUUCUUGUGUAACUAUGCAAAAUGAGGGUAAACCACAGCACUUUUGUUUAAGAGUACAGAACCACAAGUUCAAAACCAGUGGCACUAGUGGCAGAGAGGUGCCUUCUCUGUCGAAGCCAAAUAUGUGAAGCCAAAUUGCCUGAUGUUUCUGCUUCAGGUCAAAUGUUCUCAUACUUAAGAACAGCCCUUCAGGAGAAUGGAAAUCACUUCUCAGUUUCAGGUUAGUGAGGUUCCUGUGUAUGUGAUUUGUUUCGAUAUUUUUGGGGUUGUUUCGGUGUUUUUUUGGUUGUUUGUUUGUUUCGGGGGUGGGAGGAGGGUUGGUUGGUUGGUUUUGACCAGUGGGUGGAAUUCCCUUCCCUCUGCUAUAGGAGGGGAUGAUGUUCUCAAUUACUGUACGUAUGAGUUUUCAGGAGGCCAGAGAGCAGCCUUUUUUCUUUCCUGAUCUGCCAGUGAGCACCUAACCGGAUCCUGUCCGUGCUGUGAAGCAUUACUUUUUCAGGGGCCAUGCUACCCAGCUUCAGCGGACUUGGCGGUCAGCUGUAUGUAGCCAACUAGAUCCACUGAGGUUGUAAAUUUUGUAGACUGCACAAGUAAAGUUUUGCAUAUUUUGGUGGUUUGCCAAGUGGGGGCAAUUGUGCACAGUAUCUUGUGUUGGCUUUUGGAGGCCUGUGGUAGAAACAAUCCAGCAGGGUCUACUCUUUCUCUUCCAAACUCGUACCAUUUUGAACUCUAAGGACCUUUCUGAGAAAGGCUUCUACACUGGAAAAAAUGGAAAGAUGUUUUCAGACUCUCCAGUUCAUGGUAGGAAGAAAACAAUAUUUGAGCAAAAUAUUAAUUGGGAUCAGUGAGAGUUCUGUGUGGGGAACUGAGAGAAAUGUAGUAGAAACUUGUGGGCAUGAUUCUGAGGACUAGCUCUGUAUUUUUCUAUACACAAUUGGACAGGUAUUUGUAUGUGCUAAACCCAUAUAUAUUAUAUCUGCCUGGAUCUGUAACAUUAAUCAGGUGCUGUUUUAUUGUACAGCCAAGAUGGUAAUAGAAAAAAAAAAUAACCAAAGAAAUCUAUUCAUAAAGAAAAAAAUGUACAUUUCCUAAAUAGUACACAAGUAUAAUUUAGGCCUCAAACAUUAACUUCAUACUGUUAAGUGUUGCAUUGGCUGAUGUUAAACAGAUGCUGUUCUACCUGCUUGUACAUAAUUGGACAGAGUUUUAUUUCAGAAAGUUGUUUUCUUGCUGAUGGUUGGUAAUGCAAAACUGUUCACUAUUGAACUUAGUCCUCUUUGAUAAAACCUGUACAUAAAAAACAUAUUUUAUGAGAAAAAUCUUAUUUUCAGUAUUUAACUGUUAUUUUAUUAGAAGAUGGUUGUAAAUAUUUUAGGUGCUUUAGUGUGAAAAGCAGACUGUGGCAGAGAAAGUCAUGAAAUAAAAACCAUACAUUUGAUAUAGCUUGUGAUCUAUGCUGGCUUCAGGUUCCUGCUGUUAGCGUUGAGCUUGCGCUUAGCUUACUUUCAGGUUACUGCUUACCUAGAUGUAUAUUAGGAUGGCUUAAUUUCACAAAUGACGACACCCCUCUCCGAAAUACGUGGUACCACGCAGAACCCGUGUACGGAGUCUUAGCCGCUAUUUGUCUGUGUAAAAGGGGUUUAUACGACAUUUCCGGUGAAUUUUGUACUUUGAAAUGUAGCUGGCUGGGUUUUGCUACCAGCCUGCACACCUCCUCUGGGUAUUUUAAGAGGGAGAGAAGUUUGGAAGCGAACUUCAGCUGUAGUAUUCAAAACCGUCCAGUUGUGUAUUAAAGUAGACUUCUGUGUUCCUGUUUUCCUUUGUUUUCCAAUGGAGCAGGCUUUUCAGUCGGGCAAACAAAUGCCUAGGAAUGUGUUCCACUCUGGUGUGCAUAAAAGUAACUUUUAAUAACCCUAUAUUAACUGGCUAGUUUCCAAUUUGGAAAAAAGCUAGCUGACAAUUUAUUUUAUACAGGGGUCAGCUUUUCCUGUCAAUUAUGCAAGCAGAAUUGUGCAAAGACAAUGUUUUCUUCC